AUGAACGCACUUCCACCGUCCUUUACGGAAUUGGCAAACUUCCGUAACCCGGCCGGAAUUUCAUCGCCCUGCCGCCAUGGUCUUUACGCAAUGAACGCACUUCCACCGUCCUUUACGGAAUUGGCAAACUUCCGUAACCCGGCCGGAAUUUCAUCGCCCUGCCGGAACGAAGAGACUUCCGUUGCACUUCCGGGACGGUGCGAGCGCAACAACGCUGCGCCUAUUUUGCUCAUCAAGAGCUGCAGUGGCCUCGGUCCUGCUGUCACAGCACCGCAAUAG